AUGAAUGCGCUAAAGAAGGAGUUAAAGUGUAUGAUGAUGGGACACAGAAAAUUUGGACAUAAUAUAUUAAAAAGGGGUACCAAUAUAAGUUAUAAAAAUUUUAGGAGUUGUCAAUUUUAUGUAGAAAAAAAGUAUUUAAGCAUACAUGAAUAUUUGUCAAUAGAUUUAUUACGUAAAAAUAAUAUUCCAUGCCCUCAAGGGUAUCAUGCACAAACCCCAGAAGAAGCAGAAGAAAAAGCAUUAGAACUACAAAAUGUAUGUGGUGAUAUAGAUUUAGUAAUAAAAGCACAAAUAUUAAGUGGCGGUAGAGGACUAGGAUAUUUUAAAGAAAAUCAAUUUGAAGGUGGAGUGCAUAUAUGUAGGAAUAGUAUGGAAAUAAAAGAUGUUGCCUCAAAAAUGCUAAAUAAUACAUUAGUUACAAAACAAACAGGACCAGAAGGAAAAAAAUGUAAUACUGUAUUUAUAUGUGAAAGAUUUUAUAUAAGAAAAGAAAGAUAUGUAGCAUUUUUAUUAGAUAGAAAUUCGGACAAUAUAUGUUUAUUGGGCUCAAGUGUUGGAGGCUCAUCUAUUGAAGAUAUAAGUAAAAAAACACCAGAAGCAAUAUAUAAAAUUAAUAUAAAUAUAAAAGAUGGCUUAACAAAUGGUCAAUCAAGAGAAUUCUGUGAACAAAUUGGAUUCAAAGGUAAUGAAUUAGAUAUAGCUACAGAUAUGCUUGUAAACUUAUAUAAGAUUUUCAAAAAAUAUGAUUGUACAUUAUUAGAAAUAAAUCCAUUAUCUGAGACUAAUGACGGAAGAGUAUUAUGUUGUGAUGCCAAAUUAAAUUUUGAUGAUAAUGCAGAAUAUAGACAAAAAGAAAUAUUUGAUAAAAGGGAUUUAACACAAGAAAAUCCAGAAGAAUUAGAAGCAAAAAAAUAUAAUUUAAAUUAUGUUUCAUUAGAUGGGAAUAUAGCUUGUAUGGUAAAUGGUGCUGGUCUAGCUAUGGCAACAUUAGAUUUAAUUGUUUUACAUAAAGGAUCACCAUCUAAUUUUUUAGAUGUAGGAGGAAGUGCAACAGAAGAAGAAAUUGCAGAAGCAUUAAAAAUAAUUGAUAACAGUGAAAAAGCAAAAGUAUGUUUUAUAAACAUAUUAGGAGGUAUUAUGAGAUGUGAUAUAAUUGCACGGGGAAUAAUAAAUGCAGCCAAACAAAUACAAUUUAAAAAACCAUUAAUAGUUAGACUUGAAGGAACUAAUGAAAAAGAAGCAAUUAAAAUAAUUGAAGAAUCAAACAUCAAAUGUAUUAUAUGUCAGGAUAUGAAUUUAGCUGCUGAAAAAGCUGUUGCUUUGGCUAACAUAAUUGAGAUUGCAAAGCAGUCUAACAUUAAUAUAACCGUUUCGUAG